AACACGAUUUUAGCGGCCAUACACUGUCAAAAUACUUUUAUAAUAUUAUCACCUUGAUAUUGACAUUAUUUAGAUAUUAUGACAUUCUAUUAUUUCUCGUUAAUACUAUUCAGUUUCAGUUUACAUGCGACAACAGAGUUAUUUUUAUCAGUUUUAGCUGCGCAAAAGUCAAAUCAUAAAUUCUUAGGAUGUUUUUUGGAAGAAAAUCUAUCGACUUUUGGAGAAGAGAGCCGUGUUUUAACACCAAUAUCGCCUCAGGCUUGUUCCAAGUUUUGCUCUGGGAAAAAAUAUUUAUUUUUUAUUCUUAAAAAUGAGAAUUGUUAUUGCAGCAAAAAUUAUAUAUCAAAACUAAUGAAACAGUUUGACUAUGAGUGUACGAUUAAAUGCACAGGAGAUGAUUCGGCUUCGUGCGGAGGGAAACCAAAUUUAGUGUCUUCAUAUAUAACAGAUAGUUCAAUUUCAAGCAACUUUAUCGAACAUGGUAGUUUUCCAAUACCAAUUUAUUUAGGAUGCUACUCUGAAAGUCCAAAUGAUGAAGAAAAUCGUAUAUUAAAAGGGCCAGCUGGACCUUAUAAUAACAAUACACCUCAAAAGUGCUUAGAAAUAUGUUUCAGGAUGGGCUACUUAUAUUUUGGAAACACAUAUGGAUCUGAGUGUUGGUGUGGAAAUCAAAAACCAUCAAAAUCCUCGAAAAUAGAAGACAUUAACUGUGAUUCUCCUUGUAGUGGAGAUAAAAAUCAAUUCUGUGGUGGUGGAUGGAAAAUGGGAAUUUAUUCAACUGGAAUUACUGACUAUGCAGCAAAACAUUAUGUUGGGUGCUACGAUGCUUAUGAUGACGAUGAGAACAAAACCAAAGAAAAGCGUUUAAUAUUUCAGAUGGGAACAAAUAAUAGCCCUAAACGGUGUAUGAAUCUUUGUAAUACUCAACGAUUUAAAUAUGCUGCCGUUAAGGGUAAUACCUGUGAAUGUAUAAAUUCUGGACCAGAUUUUCGUUUAAAAAGAAGUAAUAGUGAUUGUCAUACUGUGUGCACAGAAAAUCCAACAGAAAAUUGUGGUGGUAGAAAUGCAUUCAGUAUUUACAAAACAAUAUUUUCAGAUCCUCCGGGAAAACCGAAUGUGAACCAUAUUGGAUGCUUCAAAAAUUUUAAAAGACAUCCAAUAUUAAAUGGUUGGGGAAUAAUGUCUUUUAACCUAACUCCUCAUAGUUGUGUGCACAGUUGUUAUGCGAGAAGGUUUCCGUAUGCAGCGCUCAUAUCUUCAAAAGAAUGUGUAUGCAGUUUUAUCAAACCUUCGGAAGAAGGUAUGACUGAAGAUAGUAUGUGUAACAAUCGUUGUUCUGGUUCAUCUCAACAUACAUGUGGUGGUUAUAAUACGAUAAACGUAUACAAUACUGGAUUAGAAUGGCGAACGAGUACGGUUGGAAAUUAUUAUUUAGGUUGUUUUGAGGAAAGUCAAAACAACAGAAUAUUACAUGGUUACUCGAAAUCUUUUUCUGUGAAUACCCCAGAAUUUUGUUCAAACCUUUGUUACAAAUUUGGGUAUAUGUAUUCGGGCGUAACAUACAAAUCUGAAUGUUUUUGUGGAAGCCAAUCUCCAAACGAACCUAAGUUUCCUAAAUUAGAUGACAAACAAUGCAACACUAAGUGUUCAGGUGAUGCCAAUCAAUUUUGUGGUGGUGGCUGGAGAAUGGGCGUUUUUGCUACUGGAUUAUAUGAUUUCCCAAUUGAAGAUCGAUAUAUUGGUUGUUUUGUACUAGAAGAAAUUUCAUUAACUUACACAAAAUUUGAACUUAUCAACACUAAUGUGCCUGGUAAAUGUGCAGCAAUUUGUCAUAACGCUGGAUAUAAAUUUUCAGGAGUUAUGGGUAUCAAUUGUUUCUGUAAUGACCAUGCACCAGAAAAUAAUCAAAAAGGAGAUGAUACUAAUUGUGAUACAACUUGUGUUGGUGAUUCAAGUAAAACGUGUGGUGGUGAAGAUAGAAUACAAGUAUACGAUCUCAUAAAACAGAUAAAUGAAACUCCAACUGCAACUCCUGAAACAAUACACUUUGAUGACUCUUUUGAGUAUCUAAACUUAAAUUCAGCUUGGAGUCGUGAUGUUUAUAUUCCACAAGAGCCAGAUUUUGAAUUCGUUGUUUACAAUAGUUCUGAACAGAACUCAUUCGUAAAAAAUGGAGAGCUAGUAAUAAGACCUACAAUUCAAUCCGAUAGUUUUAUCAAGAGUGGUCACUUAUCAUUAGACGGUUGUACAAAAAAUGUAACGCCUGAUAGUUGUAUGAUGAAUGCUAUAUCAUUUAGUAUAAUACCUCCUGUAGUUUCAGCGAGACUCACCACAAAGAAUAAUUUUUUAUUUCAUUUCGGGCAAGUAGAAGUUAUUGCUAAAUUACCAAUAGGAGAUUGGAUAGUUUCAGAAAUAGCUUUGGUCAGUAAAUCAAAUGAAUUAAAUAGAUUGGUAUUAGCCAAAUCAGUUGGAAACACCAAUUUAAAGUGUAACGGAAGCGAUGAAAGUGCAUCUAUCUUAAAUUAUGGAUUGGAAAUUGAUGAACUAUAUCAUGUCCAAUCAAAAAUGAUGAAAUUAAGAUCGGCAAAUACUUGGCACAAUGACUAUCAUACAUUCAAACUGUCUUGGUCUUCCGAAAAUAUGGUGUUUGAGAUAGAUGGCGAAAGUAGUCAUGUAGAUACGACGGAUUUACCAAUCAGCUACGUAUUUGAAUCCGAAUAUUUCUUUUCUGUUGGCGUGUCAGUUGGUGGUAUGAAUGAUUUUCCUGACGGAUGUCUGAGUAAUGGCCAUUUAAAACCGUGGACAAACUUUCAUAAUAAGGCUAUGUUAAAUUUCUGGAAGGACAGAAAUCACUGGUCACCAACAUGGAAUGAAAACGAAUCUGCAUUACGAGUUAAAAAAGUAAAGAUUACAUUGUUAGAGAGUUAAUAUCAAUUAAUUUUAAAUAAAUCAUGUAAUGGAAAAUUAACAACAUUUUAUUGUUUACAUAAAAAAUAAAA